GCUCCGCCCACUUUCCCUUCACUCAUAGCGGAGCAACCGCUGCUUCCGUACCUUGGUUCCGCGGUGGGACCGGUUCGGUGGUGGGUCCGGCCACGGGUAGUGGCUGCCCUCACGCACCCUCCUCUCCGAGACACCACUAUGGCUGCUACAGUGAAUUUGGAGCUUGAUCCCAUUUUUCUGAAAGCUCUGGGCUUCUUGCAUUCAAAGAGUAAGGAUUCUGCUGAAAAGCUGAAAGCACUUCUUGAUGAGUCUCUGGCCAGAGGAACUGACUCAAGCUAUCGUCCAUCUCAGAAGGAAAUAGAGCAACCAAAAGUAUCUGUUUCCAAACCUAUUUCCAGUAAGCAAGAGCCUAAAGCUUCUUCUGGUUUGCCUUCUGGCAACAACAAUGGCAAGCCUACUGCAUCAGAAAAGGUGAAAAAAGAAACAGAAAAGAGAACUGCUGAUAAAAUAAAAGGGGAUGCUGCUGAAGGAGCUGAUGCACCCAAGAAGCCCAGACUAGAGAAGCAAGAAGCUCGUUCCUCCCCUAUUACAGUUCAGACAAGCAAGGAUUUAUCCAUGCCUGAUUUAUCCAGCUUUGAGGAAACCAGUGCUGAUGACUUUGCUAUGGAGAUGGGAUUAGCCUGUGUUGUUUGCAGGCAAAUGACAGUUAUUUCUGGGAAUCAGCUUGUGGAGUGCCAGGAAUGCCAUAAUCUCUACCACCAAGAUUGCCACAAGCCUCAGGUGACAGACAAGGAAGUGAACGAUCCUCGGCUUGUAUGGUAUUGUGCCCGCUGCACCAGGCAGAUGAAGAGAAUGACUCAGAAGACACAAAAACCACCUCAAAAACCAGCUCCUGCAGUGGUUUCAGUUGCACCAGCUGUGAAGGAUCCCUUGGUCAAGAAGCCAGAAAUUAAGUUAAAACCUGAGACCCCGCCAACUUUUCUGUUCAAGAGAACAGAGGUCAAGACCUCAGCAGGAAUUUCGGGGAACUCAGCCAGCACCAGUGUUUCCUCUUCAGCAACCAGUGGCCUGACAGGCUGGGCUGCUUUUGCAGCCAAAACUUCCUCUGCCAGUCCAUCAACAGCCAAACUGGGAUCCACAGCACAGAGCGCCGGUGGGAAACCAGCAGCUUCCCCAAAUAACCAGAAACCUGUGGGUUUGUCAGGGUUGGCAACUUCCAAAACAGGACUGGGGUCCAAAAUAGCUUCGGGCAGCAGCACAAACCCAGUUCAGCUGAAGCCUCCCCCACCUCUGACUCUGGGGAAAACCCCUCUGAGCCGUUCAGUGAGCAGUGACAACGUCAGCAAAGUUGGUUUGCCAAGUCCCAGCAGUGCCACCCCCAGCAGCAGCAGUCAGGUGAGUGGUGGGAAUGGCAGCAGUGGGACUGCAGGGAGCAGUGGGGGCAGCACCAGCAAAGCCACGGCUGAAACUGGUAACCAGUCAGCCUCCCUGAAAGGCCCCACUUCUCAGGAAUCUCAGCUCAAUGCUAUGAAACGGUUACAAAUGGUGAAGAAGAAGGCUGCUCAGAAGAAACUCAAGAAGUAGUAUGGAUGCCUGUUGGUUGUGCACCGUGGAAAAGCAGUGCUGGAGUUUCUCAUAGAGAAAAUCCUCCAGUUCCUGAAGAAUUGGUUAAAUCAGGGGAGCCCGAAACCUAUGUUGUACAGGAGGUCAAAAUUUGGGUAAUUCGAGUAUUCCCUCUGACUUUGCAAACCUAUGAGUUGAACAUGUUGGAGGAAUAUGCUAUUACAUGCUCCUGGUUUUUAGCUCAAAGCACUGAAACUUGAAAUUGUAAAAGUUGGGUAUUGAAGUAUAAAACCAAAAGAAAACA